AUGAGAAAGAGUGUGAAGCGCGUUUCCGUUCAGUCGACGUUCCUCGUUGAUCUUGCUCCAUUUCGAAGGGCAGCUCUCAAGUUCCUCGCAAUGCCGCAUGCUAAUGGGGAGUGGCUAUGCCAAAGAUAUAAAUCGAAGAAUGUCAAAUUACUGCCAAGUGAAUAA